GUAAUAUUUGAAGUUGCUUUCAAUAGUGCCAAGGGAGGUUAUGUUGCCCUUGAUGACAUUUCUUUCUCUCCAGUUUACUGCAGCAAUCAAACAGGAAUUCCUUUCAAUCCUGCUGAUGCAGGCUGCAAUUUUGAGGAAGAUCUGUGUAAUUUUUACCAGGAUCACAAGGAUGGCCCAGGAUGGAGCAGAGUGAAAGUGAAGCGUAACGUUUACAGAGCAGGAGAUCACACUACUGGGUUUGGUUAUUACUUGCUGGCGAACACAAAAUUUACAUCACAGCCUGGGUACAUUGGACGUCUGUAUGGCCCGACCCUGCCAGGAAACUUGCAGUUUUGUCUGCGUUUUUAUUAUGCCUUAUAUGGAUUUUUCAAAAUGAGUGGCACACUUGCUGUUUAUAUCUUUGAGGAGAAUCAUGUGGUUCAAGAGAAAAUCUGGUCUGUCUUGGACUCUCCAAGGGGAGUUUGGACUCAAGCUGAAAUCUCCUUCAAAAAACCUAUGCCUUGCAAGGUUGUCUUUGUGAGCUGGUGUAAGAGCUUCUGGGACUGUGGACUUGUGGCACUGGAUGAUGUAUCAUUGAGCCUGGGAAGCUGCCAGGCUGCUGAUCUAUUGCCACCCAAUCCUGGAGAGUGUACUUUUGAAAAAGACGAGUGUGUGUUUACCCAGAAGAAGAGAGGUCGUGGGAGUUGGCACAGGAGGAGAGGUCCAACUCCCACUUCUUACACCGGUCCGAAAGGAGACCACACUACUGGGGUAGGAUACUACAUGUAUAUAGAGGCAUCCAACAUGGUCUAUGGACAGAGAGCGUACCUAGUUUCAAGAUCACUAAGAGGAACCUCUGGAAAACAGUGCUUGACAUUUUUCUACCACAUGUAUGGAGCUGGGACUGGAUUAUUAAGUGUUUAUCUAAAAAAGGAAGGUGAUGAUGAAGAGAUUCCUUUGUGGAGGAGGACAGGGGAACAAAGCAUCUCAUGGCUAAGGGGACUGAUAGAAUAUGAAAGUGAUAGAAACUACCAGAUUAUUUUUGAGGCAAUCCGUGGUGUCUCAAUCAGAAGUGACACUGCUAUUGAUGAUAUUCUGUUCCAGGCAGGACCCUGUUUAGAAGUGGAAGAAAUUCAAUUCUCAUCAGGCUAUCCUGACAGCUUAAAUGAAAUUGAGUAUUAAAUACAGUCUGCUGAAAGGAAUGAAGUGCAUAGAAGAUUUGUAUGUGAGAAACUGCACAAACUGCCUAUUUUGAAAUAUGUUUUAAGUAAAUACUGGACUGGUUUGAAUAUGCACCAAUGUAUAGGAAGAACUCAGAACACUCAUGUUCCUCGCCUUUGCAGUGAAAUUAUUGACUCAGGGCUUCUUAGACUGUUUUUGUUAAUAUUUUUUCUCUUUUGCAUGAGGUAUCAGUUAUUAUACAAAAGCUUCCUGUUUUGCACAGAUCACUCAUUUUAAUGCUCCCCCCCCCCUUUUCUUUAACCUUUCUGGUAUAUAGGUAAAAAGAGGAAAGUAAAGGUGCACAAUUAAAAUCUAAUAUUGUGUUAACUUAAAUCUGCAUUCAGUGAAUGUUUUGUGUUGGGUACAGAAUGGAUUUUGUUAAGGAAAUUAUAAAUAUUUUGAAAUAAUAAAGAAAAUAGUAUUAGCUACUAGUAA